AUGUCAACCAAAGGUGCUACCAAGUUUAAAGAUUUAAGUCAAGAAGACACAGAAUGCCUUAGAAAUGAAAGUGAACGUCGCCUUAAAGCUGCCUGGGCUAACAUAAUUAAACGCUAUCAAAACGUGUCUAACAACGAAACAGACGAGAUUGAUUUAAGAUCUCAAACAGUUGUUAUUGACCGAGGAGUCAUUCAAAACUACGAGGAGCAUAAACUUGGAACGACGUACGGAAUGCACUUUACAAACGCGCCUAUAGAAGAUGCGGACGAUGAUAAUGUUUGGUUACUGGAUUCCUCGUCUAAAAACAAAGUCGCGAAUGAAAAUAAUAAAGAGAGCAUUGAUAAUUUAAAUACGCAAACGAGAGUUCGGAGACGACUUCAACUGUAUUCUAUAUCAAAGUCACCUUUUCCAAACCACACAACGAAAAUAAGUUCUCAG